AGUCGUCUAGGUUGAGCAGUUUCACCAGCGUUGGUCUUAAAGUCGUUGCAUCACGUUUGACUUUGACGCGAAAACCGUGACAUUGAAUCAAGCCGAGCGUUUCCUUGACCACGCCUCUGAAGAGCGCCGAUUGGCUGCUCGGGGUCGUCACUUAGCAUCGUGACUUUUCGACUUUCGUCGUCACUCUUCGCUUGACUCGUUCAGCUGGUGUUUGGUGUCUGUACACACCUGAGAAGUGGGACAGGUAUAGAUUCUGUACUAGCUACUUUAGAAGUUGGGGAAAAUGCUGGAGACGGUCAGAACCAGAAUGCUGGAGGUGUACGACAAACUCGUAGCGGGGAGAGACCCACGACUGAGUGGAUACCCGCUGAUGGAGAGUCCGGUCAACAUGACUGCGAUUCUGCUCGGCUAUCUCUUCUUUGUACUGUACGCAGGCCCUCGGUUAAUGGCCAAUCGCAAACCCUUCGAUCUGAAAGGCCCGAUGAUUUUCUACAACUUUUGUUUGGUUUUUCUGUCUAUCUUCAUUGUAUAUGAGUUCUUAAUGUCAGGAUGGGCUACAGGAUAUACGUGGAGAUGUGACCUGUGUGAUUACUCCGACAGCCCCCAAGGACUUAGGAUGGUCCGAGUGGCCUGGCUGUUCCUCUUCUCAAAGUUCAUUGAACUGUUAGAUACGGUGUUUUUUGUAUUACGUAAGAAACACAGUCAGAUUACUUUCCUCCACAUCUUCCACCAUUCUUUCAUGCCCUGGACCUGGUGGUGGGGCGUUAGCUUCGCUCCUGGUGGAAUGGGCUCAUUUCAUGCCAUGGUCAACUCGGUGGUCCAUGUGAUCAUGUACUUCUACUAUGGCCUCUCUGCUGCAGGACCUCGCUUCCAGAAAUACCUCUGGUGGAAGAAAUACAUGACCGCCAUCCAGCUGGUUCAGUUUGUGCUGGUGUCCCUUCAUGCUACACAGUAUUACUUCAUGUCUAGCUGUGAUUACCAAGUGCCUGUGGUCAUCCACCUUAUCUGGGUGUAUGGCACCUUCUUCUUCAUCCUCUUCUCCAACUUCUGGUACCAGGCCUACGUCAAGGGCAAGAGGCUGCCCAAGAGCACUGAACAGCCGAUUAAGAAAGGCAAAGCCGGCACUUCUUCUGCAUCUCUGUCCAACGGAGCCACGACCGUCACUAACGGAGCCGCUCUUGUGGCGAAUAGCAAUGGCGUACAUCAUAAGAACGGCCUGGCCAACGGGAAGAAGCACUACGAGAACGGAAGCACUCACAACGGAAAGAUGAAGAAAGCCUAACAGCCGAGAGAAGAACGUCCAAAACGUAUGACCACGAGUGCCUGCAUAAGAUGCCAUGGAUUCCAAAGAGUGUUUUGGGACAGUUUUCCCCCUCAGCCUGAUAUUUUGUAGUUUUAAGAUGCACAAAUACAUGGGGAGAUGAUUGAGUCUGGGAUCCCUGUUUGUAUUUUUUUUUGUUUGUUUGUUAUUAAUUUUAAUUGUUAAUCUAUAGAGAAUAAAUAAUGAGCACAUUAUAUGAAGAGAAGAGAUAAUUUAAUGACUGGCUGUGUUCUUCACUGAUGGUGCUCACCUUGUCAUGAGUGAAUGCACUCCUCCUUCACUCCAUUCCUCUCUUCCCUUCCAUUCCUUUCCCUUCCUCCCUUCUUUUCUCAGACUCUCCAGUGACCAACAGCACUGUACAUUUCUCUUAAGACAACUUGAGUUCCAGAUGUAAAUAUUUUAGAUUUACUGUCAGUACUAAUGAGAUUGAUAGGGCGCUAAAUUUUUGUUACUGAAGUAUAAUGACUUGAAAACAAGAAAAUAAAUUCCAUUUUAAAAUGGUG